ACAAGUAAUUAUUGAAAGCUCAGAUGAAGAGACAGAGUCAAGUCAAGUGGUGGCUGAUUCAAAUUUACAGUGCAUGGUUUUAAAGCAGAUAGACAGUGGAGACUUGGGUGCAGAUGAUAGUUUAUUAAUGAGUAGUUCAGAUGAUGAGAUGGGAGACGUCAUUGCUCAAAGAAACAAAGCUCUUAGGUCUGCAGCCCAACCUUACGAAAAGCAAAAUGUGAAGAUAUUGUCAGAGAAAGAAAAUGGAAGAAAAGAGCCAUCUCAUACAUUUGAUUCAAUUGAGAAAGUUAGUAGAGAAAGCUUGGGCACUGAAUAUUUUGAGAUUACUAAUUCCAAUCCUUCAAAUAAGGAAGUUAUUGGGUUUUCAGAUGAGUCAAGAACAGAUGCUUCUCAAUCCUUGGUACCAGAAUUUAUUAAUACUGACUUUGCCAAGCAAGAAGGCAAUGGAGGUUUUGUGAAGCCAGAAGAGGAGGAGAGUGAAUCAGAAGAAAGCUUUGUUGAAGUAUCAGGGGAAGAAAGUUCAGUUGAGGAGACUGAAAUGACAGAUGAAAAGACCAAAGAAGAAGAAGAAGAAGAAGAAGAAGAAACUAUAGAUGACAGUUUACUAGAGACGACCAGUGAAGCAGCAGAAGUCUCCAAAUCUGAGGAUGUUCAAGUGGAAACUCAAAAAGAGGAACAAAUGGAGAUAGAAGAGAAAACAGAGACACAGCCUUCUGCAUCAAAAGAAUGGGACCAACUAGAUAUGGAGGAGCUGGAGGAGCUGGAGAGUUCUCUUCAGGUGCAGCAGAACCAGCUGAGGGAGCAGAAGCAGCAGCAAGAGCGGAUGGCCAAUACAGUCACAGGACAGAUGUGUUUAGAGAGCCAGGAACUUCUUCGUCUGUUCGGGGUCCCGUACCUGAUUGCCCCCAUGGAGGCAGAGGCUCAGUGUGCUGCUCUGGAUCGCUUGGACCACACCCACGGGACCAUCACAGAUGACUCCGACGUGUGGCUGUUCGGAGGAAGACAUGUUUACAAAAACUUCUUCAGCCAAAACAAAUAUGUGGAACACUAUCAGUACAGUGACCUACAGAACCAGCUCGGUUUGGACAGAACUAAACUCAUAAACUUAGCCUAUCUUCUGGGAAGUGACUACACAGAGGGGGUCCCCGGAGUGGGAUAUGUAACCGGGAUGGAGAUCCUCAAUGAGUUUCCUGGAACAGGCCUAGAGCCACUCACACAGUUAUAUGAAUGGUGGAAAGAAGCUCAGGAGAAAAAGCGUUUGUCAGAGAAUCCCAAAGACACAAAAGUGAAGAAGAAGAUCCGAGAGCUGAAGCUGACGCCUGGAUUCCCAAACCCUUCAGUGGCUCAAGCAUAUUUACAUCCGGCUGUCGACCAAUCAGAGAGCUCCUUCAGCUGGGGCCGCCCACAGCUUGACAUGAUCAAAGAAUUUUGUCUGAGUCAUUUUGGUUGGAACAGCCGCAGAACUGAGGAAACUCUUCUGCCUGUGAUGAAGCAGCUUGACACGCAGCAGACACAGCUGAGGAUCGACUCAUUUUUCCGCAUGGAGCUCCACGAGAAGCAAGCGAUUCGCAGCCAGAGACUCCGACGCGCCGUUACCUGUAUGAAACGAAAGGAGAGAGAGGGAGGAGGAGAGGAGGGAGAGGAGGAGGAUGAAGAAGAGGCCAUUUCUCCUACUAAAUCUAAGAAAAGCAGCUCAUCCAGCCCUUCUCAGAUACCAGGAAAAGCUCAAAGGACCAUAGCAUCGGGAGGAGGGUUUCUUUCCUCACAGAUGAUACUUGAACCAACUUUUUCCCCUUCAGAAGACAAAACGAAAGACACUGACUGCACAAUUAAGGCUAGCAAUGAGAAAACCAACAUCACACCACAGAAAAACAUUACAAUAAGGAGCAGUAGUAGUAGUAGUAGUAGCUCAGAGGAUAGUGAUGGAGAUGGGAAAGUUGCAAUGGUUGUGGCUAAAUCUGUGUUUGAAGGGAGUCGAAGAGGACGUGGGGCCAAAAGUGCAAGAGGGAGGGGCAGAGGGGCAACCAGAGGCAAUGCAAAGGGUAAAAAGAAAUGAGAAAAAAACAAACAAAAGAGAAACGCUCCAAAACCUCUAGAUAGCUCACUCCAUGCCUUCUCCAUUCUCCAGUAGUCCAAAUUCAUCUUCAUAAUCCCUACAAAUUUGGGUUAACUGGAACAACACUGACAGAUUAAAUUUACUUACAACCCAAAGCCUUACAUUAAUAGAUGAAAUAAAAAAUAAUGACUUGAAUAGUUUUUAAAAUGCUUGGGAAAAUUGAAAAUGACUAUAUGUAUGUAUUUGGUAUGAAUUG